UUUGCAAAGCACUGGAGUGAAUUAUUUGACAACCAAAACGUCAUCUUCUAUGUUGUUCUGCGAUUUGUUUUAAGAUAUAAAAAAUCUAUUCUUUUUUUCGAAAUUAGUAUAAAUUUGAGUAAAAAUGAUCGAAAUCACUUGCAACGAUCGUUUGGGGAAAAAAGUGCGCGUGAAAUGCAAUCCCGAAGAUACUAUUGGCGAUCUGAAAAAACUUAUUGCUGCACAGACAGGUACCAAAUCUGAAAAAAUUGUUUUAAAAAAGUGGUACACCAUCUACAAGGAUCCUAUCCGUCUAUGUGACUAUGAAAUCCAUGACGGCAUGAAUUUGGAACUGUACUACCAAUAGUUUAGUUAUAAAGUGAAACUUAAAUACAUACUUAGUUUUGAUAAAAAAUGUUUAUUUUAAGCAGUAAAAAAUAAAUUUUUUGUAUAAUACAAAAA